UAAAAUCAAAUAUAGCAUUCAGAAGAACUGUUUGAAUGCUAUUAAUUCAUUGUAAGUGUGUAAGCCCAUUGACAUUCUAUAAAUAUUUUUAUUGAGAGUGACUUACAAUAGAAGGUAAAAUUUUAGUAAAGUAAAUUAGAAUCAUUUUUAGGACUUCACAUACUGUAUAUUGAAUACUGUGAUAUUCAUGUAAUGAACAAAAAUGGCAAGAUUUUAUUUGAAACAAUAUUGGACAACUUUCAUGGUGUUGAGUCUCUGGCUAUUAUGGACUAUGCUUCAUUCAGCUGUUGAUAAGUGUGUUGCUAAUAAUCCAUCAACUCACUUGAUUGGUGAAAUAAAAUUAGAUGAGAUCUUUAGAAAAGACAUGAAAAGAUGGGACUCUAAAAAGCAUGAAUCUGUUAACCACUCUAAACAAAUAGACACUGAAUUGGCACCAACGUUUGGACAAUAUCUGACAAGUCUGAAGAAACGUAAAAGAAAACCAACUGCAACUAAAACCAAGAAGAGGAUGAGUCAGAAAGGAAAGGAUUUUAAUGGAGAUAGUAGAACAAAGAAUAAAAUUAUUCAGAUGAGUGGUCAGAAUCAUAUUGAAUCACUAAAAAAACACUCAAAUCAUGAAGGAUAUCAUAACGAAAUAGACCUUAAUGAUAAGACUCAGAAAGUUUCGAAAAAGAGAAUUAUCAAAUUUGCAAAUAAGUAUCCUAACAAUCUUUUGGAAGAUCCCAUAGAUCCCAAAGGUAAUGAAGGCACAUAUCAAGUAGACUUUCCAAUGGAUGUUGAUGAUAAUGUUGAUGAUAAGGAUGAUGAUGCUUUGCUUGGUGAACUUGAGAUAGACCUUGACUUUGAAGGAGUUGUUGCGUUGCAUGAAUUUCAGUCGUACAAGUACAUGUAUGUGCCAGAGCUAGAAGAGGAAUGAAAGUGAACAAGUGAAAAAAAUUAAGAAUUGAAGAUGAUAAAAUAUUCUGUUAUGCUUGUCCAUUUACUUGUAUGUAAUUGACAAUUAAAACUUUAUUCAUUCUUUCAUGAGACAAUUUUGGUUCCCAAGAAAAACAGAAUAAUUAAUUUGGAGAUAGGUUCCGUAGUUAAGCCACC